GAACCUGUCAAUCUUAAUCAUAGGCAAAUAAGAGUUGGCAUUUAGAGCGUGUGAGAUACUCUUAAACCAAAUAGUACACACUACACACCAACGUUUUGCACUGUCUCUCUUUUUAUUGCAGCACCAUCCAACCCUUCUCUUCUAAGUGACCAACUUCAUUUCAUUUCUCACACAUGGCGAGGCCUCUUCUCAGUAAUCUUCUACUCUCCUCCAUGCCCAUCUCCACACUUUUCUUAGCUAUACUCUCAGUCUUGUGUGUAUUUUCCAUCAUCACUUUUCUCUGUGGUUCUGACAAACUGAAGAACCUCCACAAAGAAGCAGAGAAAGCAACAACAAGAUCAUCGAAUUCGAAGGAGCACAAACUGAUUUCGAAGCUGAACAGCAAUAUUAAUAACAGGGCACUCUCCAUGGUGAAGAUGAUUUCUUGGAGGAAAGUGCGGGAGGGAGAAGUGGAGGGAGAUUACAGUGACCAAGAUGAAGAAGCCCUUUGGAGGAAGAACAUCUUGAUGGGAGAAAAGUGUCGUCCUCUUAACUUUUCUGGGAAGUUUGAGAAUGAUUCUGAAGAGAAAAGUUAACACUUCUUGAUUUGUGUUUCGGAGAUGAGUAUGGCUAGAAAUUGUAUUUGUGUGGCUUCAAUUAGAACUUGCUAACUAAUUGCUCAGAUUUUGCACGGUAUCUAGAGUUUGCUACUAUAUUGUAACAUAGGAAAUAAACUUAGCAACUUUUUCUGGUGUGGAAGUAUGGGCUUUGCAGGAUUAGACACAGAAUUUAGAAACUUUUCCUUGACGUAUAAUGGGAAUGAUUUCUUCUUGGUCUUAUUCUUCUUUAAAUUUCUUUUUAAUUAUGUUCUUGGGUUUUUAUAAUUUAUAGAAGGAAAUGGUAGAAAUAAAAGUAUCUAGCUGACACUUUUCAUUGUU